AUGUCGACCUACACCGCUACAGAUUUCGACCCUCCGGUGGACUCAGGUAUUCAGGAGCUUCAGGAAGAAAAGGACGGAGCGGUCUGUGCCUAUUGUGGGAGCACCGGAACCCUCCUGGAGUGCUGUCGCUGCCAUGCCACCCUUUGCUACGGGACGCAAACAGACUGCAUCCAGGACGGCUCCAACCUCAUUGACAGUGAGAGUUUUGUGUGCCCCGUCUGUCGGCACCGGGCCCGUGAGCCCCUCGAUUACCGCCUCACUGCAUACGUGGUGCCAGGAACGUACUUCGCCGCGCAGCUGGCACCGCUGUGCCUGAUCACGGCGCACUUUGAUCGCGAGAUGUACUUCGGUAGUCUGGCUCGCACUCAGCUGAGACAGGACUACGGCCAGAUCCCUCUCCUGCUGCACGACUACAGCGUGCGACUGACGGCUGAAGGCCUCGGUUGGAGCCUGACCAACUCGACCGCAUUGGCGAGCGCAUGGUUGGCGAGUAACAGGGCGUCAGCUCCCAUGGUUCUGGUCUCGCUCGAGACACACACCGAUCCGGCGACAGGAUACGUCGCCUAUGGUCGCACCGGUCGCGGUCAAAACUAUGUGGCGAGCGUGCCCGAGGUCGUAUCCAAAGUGCUCGGGCCAAUGUACAACCAACUUCCCCUACUGACGGCCACGCGAGGCCUCGUCCUUUUUUCCUGUGGUGAUGCCGUCACGGUCCCAGAAAGAAUGCACGAGAUAGAAAAUCUCGUUCAAAGGAUGGUGCAGCAAACACUUUGA